AUCCUUUAGAAUCAUCCAGAAUUUCAAAAAUGAUGAACCUUACCGAUAUGAUGCAGUUCGAUGUAGACAAGAUCUACAAAGAAUACAACAUUACUCAGAAGCAAGAAACAGAUGACAAAGACGAGCUUGAUCUUGAAGAAAGAGCUAUUCAAUCACAAAUUGGUCUGAGCACAGAACGAGAAGAAAUAAGAGACCCCAAUGAGAGAGAAUUCAUUCAAGGCCUUAAAGAGUUCGAAAAGGUUUACAAAGCUGAGCUCUUGGAAUUCAGAAAAGAAGGCUGUGGUAAAAGAGAUACUGAGUUUACCCUGAGCUUCAAAUUCCUUAGAGAUCUGUACACUUGGAUUAACGACAACUGAUUUGUAUGGCAUACUAAAGAAAAAUGUAGAAACGUCCUUCUAAUGUUCUUUGGAGUCAUAGAUAACAUGAGAGACAAGUUUCAAUAUAACCAGACCCAAGAGUACCUAAAGUUGCUUCAUCUUCUGAAGAAGAAUAUAAAAUUGUGGGACUCCCUUACAUUUGACACUCAAGAAGCAUUUGUUAAGAGAAUAGAUGCUGCUAGAAAGCGUAUGGACAUCCUUGUCUUAGAGCAAAGAAGAGCUCUUGUAUCAGGCAGGAGGCGUAGAAAGAAAUCUGAAAGAGGAAGGAAGCCUCUUACUCUCACAAACGCAAUGAUCGAUCUUUCGAAAGAUGGUAUCGAUAGACCAGUUUAUGAAGGAUUGAUACAAGCAAAGACUAUUCCACCAAAAAGAACCGAAAUUAUUGGUCCACCUUGUGGCCCUCCUGGAGUGAACCUAAAUCCGGAUAAUCUUCCUAUCAUUCUUACUGAAGAAGAGAAGAUUCAAUUCCAUAUCAGAGUUAGAGAUGAAAAAGCCAGGAGGGAAAGAGAAAUGAUUGAAAAGGCUACAAAAGAAAAAAAAGAAAAUGAAAUGAGAAUUAGCGGACUUCAAGACAAUUUGAAGCCAAGAACUACUCAGAAUGAUGAUGAUGACGAUGAAAUUGAUUGGUUUGCAAGUAGCGAUGAAGAACAACAACCUAAACCAGCUGAAGAACCUCAAGAGCCAAAGGAUAAAGUUCAGAUUAGUAAGAAUGUUCAGAACGUCUUGAAAGAAAUCAGAUCUCAAAAGAAUGUUGCUGAACCUGAAAGACUAAUUGAUGGGAAGCCUAAAGAAGAAGCAAAAGAGAAUGAAAGAAUUCAAUCUUUAAACACUCAACCUCAAAGAUUAAAGGAAGAGGAUAUUGAAUCUCGAGAUAACACACUCAAGCAAAAAUCAACCCAAGAGACUGCUGGAAAACAAGAAUCAACGCAAAGUACUAAAGAUGCAAGAAAGACUCUUUCUAAGAUCAAUACAGAAGAUUUUCUUACAAAACAAGAAGACACAGGGACCGAUGAUCAGCAGACUGGCACUGAUGGUCUCAAAACCGGCACAGAUGGGCAAAAGACUUGAACUGAUAUUCCAGCUUCUGCUAUGGAUACAGAUCAAGUAACUGAAGGAACUCUUGAUACUUGUAAAACACAAGUCAAAGAUGAGAUCGUCUCCAUUACAAUGUCACAAGCCUCUAAAGCUUCUAAAAAGAGUAUCAAAAGUGAGACAGGCAAGAAGAGAGGAAGGAGUCUCAGCAAGAAAAAGAUUAAAAAAGCUAAAAAAGUCCCAAAGAAAGAGAAGCCUAAAUCCAAAGCUAUCAGAAAAAGAGUUGUCUCUAAAGUUCAAAAAGAAGUUGUAGAAUCGGACCAGGAUACUUUUUCACAAACUUCUCGAUCGAAGAGUAAGGUUUCCGAUACAAAACCUCAGAAAUCAAAAUCAAAGACAAGAGAUGUUUCAAUGGAGCCUGCUUCACAGAAAUCAGAAACAAGCGUCAAAAAGGUUAAGAAGACCAAGAAGAACACCAAAAAGACUAAGAAAGUAACAAAACAGCAAAAAGAGAGCAAAUCAAGGCAAACUCCCAAAUCGAAAAGUAAAUCUCGAAAGAAGAUCAAGAAGGCUACAUCCAAGAGGAAAGGACUUGAAGAUGAAGUAAGCAUGAAAAAGACAAAGCAGAGUAGCAAAAGAACAAAAACUUCUAAGAAAGGGAAGCAAAGAAGCUCAAAGAAGGAUGCAAUCAUGAAGAUUGCAAGCCAGAAUAGUGAGCAUGAAGCAUCAGUAGCAUCAAAAGCCUCUAAAGCUUCAAAGAAAUUGAGAAAAUCUAAGUCAAAAAAGUCUUCUAACAAGAAAAAGAAGAUAGUUAAGCAUAAAGGAAAGAAUAGAGCAAUGAGAAAGUUUGAUGAUGAGGAAGAAGUGAGACUCGAGCCUGAGCAAAAGAAGAGUUCGAAAAAAUCUAAGAAAAAGAAGUCCUCCCUCGCUAUACUAUCCCAGAAAUCAACCGACACAAAAAGAUCGCAUAAAUCAACCAAGUCCGACAAGUCCAAAAAAUCUUCAAAAUCUCAAAAAUCUUCAAAAUCCAAAAAAUCAGCCAAAUCGUCAAAAUCGGCCAAAUCUACUAAACCAGAUCCCUCCAAGUCGCUCAAAAAGCCGAAUCACCGGUCAAAAUCCAGCUCAAAGACCAAGUCCAAAAAACCCGUUCAAAAAUGAGUCAAAAGGGAAGAAAGCUCUUGCCCAGCUACUAAACUUGCUGAAGGCUCUAAGCGUACUAAAAGAUCAAGGUCAAAGUCUAAGUCCAAGCCAGUCUCUAAGAAGGCAGAGAAGAAGAAGGAGAAGAAGGUGAAGAAGAGGACUAAGAAAGCGAAGGAUAAGAAGUAA